AUGGACAAACAAAAUCAGGACAACUUGAACGGACAAUUUCUACCAGGUAGAAAGCAUCCCACCACCUGGGAACAAAAUUAUGCCAUCGUCUUUGACUUAACAAGUAAGACAAUAUACAAGGCAAACCGUUCAGAUAUCGAUACAGCAAUCCACUUCCACAUUGCUCUUUCCCGUCUUCUCCCAUUUGAGGAAGACACCAUCAGUCUGGGUAGGCGACGCGCCUUCAACAGCCAAGAUGUAAAAUUCGUGGCUAAAGUCAGUGUUAACUCUCUAGGAUUAAGAGAACAGAGAUUGAGAGGAGACAUCAUGGAAUGUUGGGUUUUGGAUAACGCGGAGGGAAAUGCGCGAGGCACAUUGGUGGGAUGGAAGUUUAGGGACGCUUUUGAUUACUUUGAUAAGAAGUGAGUGAGAGUGAAAGAUUUGUGUGUGGAGUGGACUUGAGAAGUUCUGGUUGUUGGACAACUAUGGCACCAAUUCUAUCGUCAGUGCUGGGGAGAAGGACUACCUG